AUGGCGUCUGACGUAACACGGAAACACUGUGCAAGCAGCGAUGCUUGUAAGCAAACGGGCAUUGCUGUUUGUGAAGGUUGCUCUCAAGCUUUUUGUACUAAACAUUUUAUCCAUCAUCGUCAGUUUUUGGGUGACCAAAUUGAUGCUGUCAUAAGCGAAUAUGAUCAGGUCCAAUAUGCACUCAACGAACAAAAAACUAACAUCGACUCGCAUCCAUUAAUGAAACAAAUUAGCGACUGGGAAAAAGAAUCAAUUGUCAAAAUUCAAGAAAAGGCACGAGAACUCCGACAAGAGCUAAUCCAGAAGAACACAAUUCAUCUGGAAAAACUUUCAAAAAAGCUUCAGGAUCUAUCGGAACAACUAAAGUUAGGCCGAGAACAUGAUAGCUUUGUUGAAGUUGAUAUUGGUAAUUGGAAAAAAUCACUCAACGACUUAAAAGAAAAUCUAGCUCUUAAUUCAAUAUUGCGAAUCAAUCAAGACUGUGGAACUCCACUAGUGCAGAAUGUUUCGGUCAAUUCAAUCGAAAACGACGAAAUAUUUGAUAGAGUAUUUGAUAAUUCAGCACGAAUUGAAGAAAAUGGAUUAGCCGCCAUUCAUACAAAUAAUGCAAGUUUCACAGAAGUCCGUGGAAGAAAUGAAUAUUCGACUGGUUGUCAUCGAAUCCGUUUAUCUAUCCAACAAUCUUUUGAUAAAUGGCUAUUUCUAGGAGUUAUAGCUAAGUCAGCACCUCUACAAGAAACACCCUACAGCUGUAAAUCAACGUAUGGAUGGUCUAGUAACAAUUUCACUUGGUUAAAUGGACAGGCUAAUGGAAAUCAACUUCCUACUCGUAUUGAAAUGAAAACAAAUGACACCAUUACUUUAAUCUUUGACUGUGAUAAUAGGAAAAUCUUGAUGAUUAAUGAGCGAUCUAAUACAAUAUUCGAUUUAGUUGUAGGUCUUAAUAAUUGCCCAUUGCCUUGGCAGCUUCACGUCAUUUUGUACGAACCGAAUAGUCACGUACGCAUUUUACCUACUUUGUCGUGA